ACUUCACAGGCAACGUGUGUAUAGCGUAGAAAAUAAGCUUAUGACAUCGACGAUUUGUGUGAAGGCAGACAUGCGGCUCCCAUCUGAACAUCGCUGCAGUCCGGAGAAAACUGGGCGUGUUUGGCAUCGCCUCAUUCUGCAGGUGCCGUGUGCGUGACGUCAUCCAAGGCGACGGAAACUGAAGCAACGCUACCUCCUGGCAGUGGGCAGUCAGAAUACGGGAGGUGAAGCUCUAGCCAAGUGUGUGAGGCCAGUGUGCGAACAAGUUUAUAAAGAAUCCCGUCAGGAUUGAGACAGAAGACAAAAAGAAUACGCUCUUUUUGUACUGUAACAUCUAGAUGGAUGUGAAAGAGGAGAUGUGGGAGGAGGAUACAAAGAUCAUGAAGAUAACUGUAAAUAUUAAGGAGGAGGACUGUGAAUGGGAGUCCAUUCAUCCUAAACAGGAGAGUGUGGGUAUUAAAGAGGAGGACUGUGAACUGGAGGCAGUGGGAAUUAAAGAAGAGGCUGAAGAGGAGCCUAUCAGUGUUGAGAUACACAAACCUAAAACUAUGGAGAGUGUAGAGGAAGAUAACCUUCGUUACGGGUGUCGAGAUAGAGUGGUGUCCCGGUUCGUCUCUUCUCAAAGCAGACCCUGUUCUUCUUCAGAGUCUUCUGUCAGUGUGAAUUCUGAAUCAUUACAGCCUGACCCAAAGAGGACUGAGGAAGUUUCUUCCGUUAGGACUCCAAAAGGUAAGCCACCAUCAACAAAUAAGCCAAGAAAAAGAAAUAAUCAUCGCUGCUUUUCUGAACAUGGCAAAGAAUUCUGCGACAGAAGCAAUCUUCAAAGCCAUAAAAGAAUUCACACAGGAGAGAAGACACAUUGUUGUAAUGAAUGUGGCAAACAGUUUUCACAAGUGAGCCAUCUUCAGUGCCACAAAAGAAUUCACACCGGAGAAAAACCAUAUUGUUGUUCUGAAUGUGGUAAACAGUUCUCUCGCAGGAGUAUUCUUCGGAUACACAUUAGAACUCACACAGGAGAGAAGCCUUAUUCUUGUUCUGAAUGUGGCAGGCAAUUUGCUCAUAUGAGUAGCCUCCAGAAACACUCUACAAUUCACACCGGGGAGAAACCGUUUUGCUGUUCUGAAUGUGGUAAACAGUUCUGUCGUAGGAGUAUUCUUAGGAUACAUAUUAGAACUCACACAGGAGAGAAGCCAUAUUGCUGUUCUCAAUGUGGCAGACAGUUUGCUCAUAUGAGCAGUCUUACAAGACACUCUACAGUUCAUACAGGUCAAGGCAACAAUAGCAAAAAACUGGUAAAUGAGAUAAGUGCUGAUUCUGCCAAACAGAGAUGGAAACAGUUUCUCAUCUGGUUGCCAGUUGCAAGCAUGUGCUCUGAGGGGACGCAAAGUAAAGUCGGCGUGCGCCUUACGUGGAGUCAGCGGACUUUUACAAGUAUCGUAUCAUUUAGAGAGAGAAGCAAAGAAGAAGCAGCUGCCAUUUGCUGUAACACAAAGAUGGACGUGAAAGAGGAGACCUGUGAGGCUGACAUAAAAGCCUUGGAGGUAAUUGCUGUAAAUAUUAAGGAGGAGGACAGCUGUGAAGGGGAAUCUUUCCACCCUAACCAGGAGAGUCUCUGCCUUAAGGAUGAAAGUUAUGAAGUGGUAACUGUGGGCAUUAAAGAAGAGGCAGAGGAGACGACUGUCAGCAUCGAGAUGCACCAACAUAAAAUUGUGAAGUGUGGUGACCCUGAGGUGAUGUCUGAAUCAUUACAGCCUGACGUAAAGACAACUGAGGAAAUGCGGCUUGUUAACACUCUGGAAGAUCAUCCACCACCUACAAAUCAGUCUGGAGAACGAAACAGACCUCACUGUUGCUCUGAAUGUGGCAAACAAUUUCUUCACAAGAGCUCUCUCCGCACACACAAAAGAAUUCACACUGGAGUAAAUCUACAUUGCUGUUCAGAAUGUGGUAAAAAGUUCUCACGUGCCUCCCAUUUUCAGAACCACAAAAGAACGCACACAGGGGAGAAGCCAUAUUGCUGUUCAGAAUGUGGCAAAAAAUUCUCACUUGUGACCAGUUUUCAGAGCCACAAAAGAAUGCACGCAGGGGAGAAGCCAUAUUGCUGUUCAGAAUGUGGUAAGCAGUUCUUUGACAAGGGUACCCUGCAGAAACACACAAAAAUUCACUCAGGAGAAAAGCGGUAUUGCUGUGCGGAAUGUGGCAAACAAUUUUGUCACUGGAGUGGUUUUCAGUGCCACAAAAGAAUUCACACUGGAGAGAAGCCAUAUUGCUGUUCAGAGUGUGGUAAACAAUUCUAUGACAGCAGCACCCUGCAGAAACACGCUAGAAUUCACACAGGACAAUAUCCAUAUUGCUGUUUGGAAUGUGGCCAGCAAUUCUAUGACAAGAGCAAUCUGGAGCGUCACAAAAGAAUUCACACUGGAGAGAAGCCAUAUUGCUGUUCUGAAUGUGGCAAAAAAUUCUCUGAUAAGAGGGGUCUUCAGGAUCACACUAGAGUUCACACUGGAGAGAAGCCAUAUGGCUGUAAGGAAUGUGACAAACAAUUCCGUAACAGAAGUGGUCUUAACAGACACUCUAGAAUACACACAAGAUAAUUUGGUGAGACAGAAGUCCUAUUGCUGUUCAGUAUGUGGCAAACAAUUUUGUGACCGGAGCAAUCUUCAGAGCCACACUAGAAUACACACAAGAGAGAAGAAUGCAAGUACUAGGCUGAGCCCUGGCAGGAAACCUAACAGAAUAAAAAACAGUAGCAGUGGGAACUUCACUCUAGAAAAACAACAACACUUCAGAACUCGAGUGAGGUUCACUUCUGUCCUGAAAAGUAAGCAAAUUAAUCCUACGGAGACAUGUGAAAUUUGAUUAAAGUGCCAAAGCAGUCUUCACUAAUGGAAAAGUAAUCUCCACUGCAAAUAUCAACCUUGAUCUGGAAUGUGUUAUUAAAAUCUUGAAAACCCAGACGCUGCACACAAAUCUGGACAUUAAGGAAGGAGCAGACAUAAACCACAAGAUACUAAGACAGACUCAUCAAGGAAUACAUCAGCAGAGCAAAAAGAAUCCUUAGGACUUCCCUCACUUUGCAUAAUAAAAUGCCAGCUAUAAAUCAAUUUACAAACCUGGAUGUCAAAAGUAUCAAUUCCUAGUGAAUAUUUCAUAAUAAGAAUAGGGAAGCGAAAAAAAAGUACCAGGAAAUGCUGGUGCUCACUGUAUGGAGAUCAACUUGAAACUAACUAUACCACCUGACAAAAAUAAACUGAAGAAUUAUGUAAAAACAUUUAUGAAGAUUCUCCAGAACACAACAAAGAAACGGCAUGGAUAACCAACAGCAGUUGAAAAUGGAAAUAACCCAAGUGCAAGAGAUGUAAUAGACUGAGGUAACAGCAGAAAUGGUAAAAAAAAAAAUAAUUAUAAACUACUGCUAUUUGUAAGGCACUUGAUCCAGAUGCUGUACCUAACUUCAGAGUAAAACACUUACAGUUGAAGUCAGAUGUUUCCCAACACUUAAGGUAAAUCCUUUAAAACUGCACUUCAUAACCUUCCACAGAUUUUAUACUAACAAACUAUAAACAAGCUAUAUAAAUUGUUCCAUAUCGUUUCAGACAUCUACCUUGUGUGGGGCAAAAUUAAUAUUUUUCAAUAAUGUUCACAGACCUCAGAAUAUUACACUUUUUAUUGACUAUAUCAUAAUUCAGUUUGGUUCAUUAUAUGACAUACGCUUUGUUAAUAUUUAACAAUUGUUAAUGUUUAACUUGAAGAUAACUUGGUAGCCUUCCACAAGCUUCUUUCAAUACGUUUCUGUAAUUUUGUCCCGCUCCUCCAGACAUUGCUGGUGCAACAGGGACAAGUUCUUAGGCCUCUUUGCUCGCACACACAUUUUCAGUUCUCCCCACAAAUUUUCAAUCGGAUUGAGGUCAGGGCCUUGUGAUGGCCACUCCAAUACCUUGACUUUGUUGUCCUUAACCCAUUUUGCCACAACUUUGGAAGUGCGCUUGGGUUCCUUCUCCAUUUGGCAGACCCAGUUGUGACUGAGCUUCAACUUCCUUGCUGAGCUCUUGAGAUGUUGCUGCAGUAUAUCUCCCAUAAUUUUCCUUCCUCAUGUUGCCAUCUAUUUUGUUAAAUGCACCAGACUCUCCUGCAGCAAAACACCCCAAUGCUUGACAGUUGGGAUGGCAUUCUUUGGCUUGCAAGUCUUGCCCCUUUUCCUCCAAUCAUAAUGGUGAUCAUUAUGACCAAACAGUUUGAUCUUGGAUUCAUCAGACCAGAGGACUUUUCUCCAAUGUGCCAUUGCAAACUGCAGUCUGGCAUUUUUAAUUUUGGUGGUUUUGGAGCAGUGGCUUCUUCCUUGCUGAACAGCCUUUCAGGUUAUGUCAAUAUAGAACUCAUUUUAUUGUGGAUAUAGAUACUUCUCUACCUGUUUCCUCCAGCAUCUUCACAAGGACCUUUGCUGUUGUUCUGGGAUUGAUUUGCAUUUUUCAAUGCCAGGAUACAGAAUGUGUCUCUUUCCUGAGUGGUAUGGCAGCUGUGCGGUCCCAUGGUGUUUAUACUUACUGUAUGUGUUAUUGUUUGUAGAGAUGAAUGUGGAACCAUUGGGUAUUUGGAAGUUGUUCCCAAGGAUUAGCCAGAGGUCCACAAUUAGUUGGCUGAUUUCUUUUGAAUUUCCCAUUAUGUCAAGCAAAGAGGCAUUAAGUUUAAUGACAGGCCUUAACAUAUACAUCCACAUGUUGACUCCAGUUAGGCUAAUUGGCUAUCAGAAGCUAAUUGCCUAAAGACUUGACAUAAUUUUCUGGAAUUUUCCAAACUGUUUAAAGGCUCAUUUAACAAAGUUUAUUUAAACUUGUGACCCACUGGAACUGUGAUAUAGUCAAUAAAAGUGAAAUACUCUGAGGACUGUGAACAUUGCUGGAAAAAAUUAAUUUUGCCCUGCACAAAGUAGAUCUCUUAAAUGAUAAGCCAAAUUUUAUACUUUUUAGUAUAAAAUCUUUGUUGGGGUAAUAAAGUGAGUUUUAAAUAAUUCAUCCUAAGCAUAAGUAAACUUCUGACUUCAGCUGUAAAAUGCUGGGUGAUUAUAAAAAUGUGGUAAUACAUUUAUUCACUAUGGUGAAAACUUGCCUGCUUCCAAAAUCAGUUCAAUCCAAUUUUCCUAACACCUUCUGUCUGAUAACCUGCCUCUCCACCAUAUGCAGGCUUCUCACAGCACUGGACAUAGACAUAAUUAACAAAUACCUGGACCAAAACAACUUAAUAGCCACAGAAAUGAAAUAAAAGAAAGUCAUAUGACACUAAAUGCCAAUUUCUGUUAAAUAAGGUUGUGAUGGAAUGCUUCAGGAAAGCCAGUAACAAAAUGUGACCAAAAAUAUGGGUCUAUCACCGUUUCAGCUUCUUGCCUUCAGUGUUCAAAUUAAAAGUUCUUAUGCUUAUAAAGUGGCAUGGGUUAAUUUCAAAAAAUCCUUCAAUACUGUACUGUAAGAGUUGAAAUUGAACCCUGGUCCAGUGUGCACCUAGCAUGUGUCUGUCUCAUAUCCUUCUGAGCUUAUGCUUAAAGUCUGAUGCUGUUGUUUUAUUAUUUACUAUGAUAAAUGCAUUUUUGUUAUUUUUAUAUAACUCUUAAGAGAAAAUGUUAUAUUUUAAGGUGUGAUCUUUGUUGUAUUGUAAUGCUUAAGUACUAAGUUUCCUGUUGAUGUACAACAGCUGGAUUACAAAUUAGACCAUUGUUUGACAAACCAUGAGAAUAAUGGGAAUGAACGUGCAAAAUCUCACAAGUCUUUAAAAUAAGAAUAAUAAUACAUUUAAAAAGUCACAUACACCCCUAAGCUAACAGGACUAUCAAUCAGCCUAGUGGACAGGGUUACAUUGUGGUCAUUUAAGGUAUCAACGUUUGUCAUGUCCCAUUAGCAACUGGGUGUAACCAAUCAUGUUUAAAGUGUUCUGAUUAUAUAAUGAAUUCCUUUUUGUGAGUAGUGACCUAAUCAAUGAAUUGUAUAAAUAUAGCGCCGAGGACACUUUUUUUCCCUUUGCAACAUUUAACUAAUAUGUCGUUUGCCUCUCGCAAGAUUUAGAUAAAGAAUAAUGAGUGGCGCU